AUGCCAUCAAAUUCAAACGCGCCGGUAAAAUUAAGGGCAUCGAAUGCAAAACGUCAUACUCGGCUGCGUGUUAUUGGCAUUAGUGCAAGUUAUUGGAUUAAAGUUACUUUUUUUUUUUCAGCUGAUUUACAGCCUUUCCUACCUUUGCUCCCUGACAUAUCAAGCCUCGACCUGAAAAAUCAAGAAAUUUUGUUUCAUACUUUGUUUUCUGCUGGAAUAACUGCUUCUAUAUCAUUGCAUAAGUGGUUAACUGUAGCUUCCGGAGCAAGUGUCUCGGUUAAUUUUGCAAAGAGUAGCUGCGUGAGGAACGAAAAGAUGGUUUACAAUGGGGAGACAAGCUCUGAGCAUUACGAUGGUUCCUGCUCUCCGAUCCAAAAUGUCCCUUUCGGCCCUGAAGAUGCCGAAGAUAAGCUCGUGUUUCAGUUUUUUCCACGUCUUCUUCAGGCUUUGAAGACCCUUUCGCGUACUGGCUUACUCGAUGAUGCUGUUGAGGCCUUGCGGCAAAUACCAAUGGUUCGUGAGGAUCUUGCCGGUUUGAAAGAUGAAGAUGUUGCUGCUGCCACUUUGAUUACACCUGAAGUUAGUUCUAUUGAAAUAAUUGCUGCUGCCGCUUUGACUGCUUUCGCGUGGGCUACAGCGCGCAGGCCACCAACGAGAUCGGUCGAAGGCCUCAUGGCAAGUUCUAAUGACCCUGGUGCCACAACAGGUGGCCGAGAUUCUGCUGAUGAUGAGUCUGUUGAAUUGAACUUCAGCGACUCUGAAGACUGUGAUCAUAAUGGUGAUUCGCUUUUGGGUCUCGCUUGUUCCGCUGGGUAUACCGAGUUAGCGAAACAGUUAGUGAAACUGAAAGGCGAUGCAAGUUAUAGCGGAUCAAAAAAUGAUUGUACACCCCUUAUGGAAGCAUGUAGUGCUGGCCAUGUCGAAAUUGUUGAGCAUUUAUUGCAAAAAGGAGCUGAUGUUGAUGCGGUGAGUGCUACCCAAAACACUGCCCUAAUUUAUGCUGCCGCUGCGGGCCAUUUGGAGUGCGUUAAAGUUUUAUUAAAGUACAAUGCGAAGGUUGAUAUUCGAAACGACAACGGGCACUGUGCUCUCAUGGAAGCCGCAAGCUCUGGUACCGAAUUUUUUCUACUUUCUCUUCUUGUUUCCAUUAACACUCGUUUUGUCGAUGUGGUUAAAGUUCUUCUAGAAGCAAGCCCCAUAACUGCUGUAGCUGCCAAUCCUAGUGAUUUUAAAGAGUCUCCUUUAACCCUAGCUGCGUAUAAAGGUCAUUUUGAAAUUGUUCGAUAUUUAUUGGAGAAAAUGGGAGAUAAUAAAAAUCAGGAAGAACUGCAUACGGCGCUGAUGGAGGCCUCUAUGGAUGGGCACCUUGAAGUUGCCAAGCUUCUACUCGAUAACGGCGCUGCUGUAAAUUUGGCCUCUGACUCUUUUGAAAGCCCUUUGACUUUGGCGGCGUGUGGCGGCCACUGUGCAUUGGUGGAACAACUGCUGGACCGCGGCGCUGAGUUAGAAGAACCGAACGAUGAAGGUUAUACACCACUGAUGGAGGCAAGCAGGGAAGGACACAAGAACGUAGUUCAAGUUUUGCUGAACCGUGGAGCAAAUGUUAAUGCACAGACGGAAGAAACAGGCGAAACAGCUCUUACUUUAGCGGCAUGUGGUGCAUUUAUGUAUGAGUUCCAUCAUUUCUUUACCCCCCAGCGAGUGGUUUUUUUUUAUCUUCUUACUCUAGUUAUUGUUUUGAUUAGCUGCAACGGGGUUUUCAGUGAUGUUGUGAGGUUGCUAGUAGAGCGUGGAGCAGAUUUAAGCUUGGGCGCGAAUACACCGCUUAUGGAAGCUGCCCAAGAAGGCCACCUUGAGACGGUAAAUUAUGUCCUCUCCGAAUAUCGUCGACAAAAUGGACGUUAUGUACGUUGGAAGUUUUGUAGUGACAUUGAUGUUGAUGCAGUUACAGCCACCAGCGAUACUGCACUUACAUACGCUGCUGAAAAUGGUCAUUUAGAUGUUUGUUCAGCUCUAAUUGAGUAUGGGGCCAAUGUGGAUCAUGAAGCUGAAGGAGGUCGGACAGCGUUGAUGAAAGCCGCGAAGAAUGGAAAUUACAGUGUAGUGCAGUUCCUCAUAAUGAGAAAAGCGAAAGUAAAGGAUUUAGUGAAUAAGGUAACUGCUAAUAAUGACGCUAGCGCGCUUUCAUUAGCUUGUGCUAAUGGACACUGGGAGAUAGUUCGAUUAUUGUUAGAUCAUGGAGCCGAUCCGUGUCAUCUCCUAAAGGUGAGUUGCUUUGUAGAGAUCAGUUGGUUUUGUGAGUUUGGAUUAUUGGUUUUCCAGGAUGGGACUUCUUGCAUAAUUGAAGCAUCUAGAAACGGGCAUACGCGUGUAGUUGAAACGCUUCUGAAUUGGUUUGGUGUACCUGCUUCUACACGUGUGGUGAACCAAAAUAACAAAUCUUGUUCGCAAGGGAACCGAGUGAAGAAAGUGGCACGACGGGGUGCUUCAAAGAAGGCUACCACAACGUCACAGCCAAAAGUGGAAUGCGCUGAAAAGUCAAUUAAUGCUAACAGUGAUAAGCAGGAAAUUGGCACCUCAGAUCUUUCUUCGAUUGCCGGGUCUGAUGUGGCUCCCCACGCUCCUUUCAAGCUAGAUACAAGCAAUGAUUCAGGACUUAUCGACAUUGUUCAUCAGUGUAUCACUCCUUCUCCUCUUUCUGGUUCUAUUGUUCCUCCUCAUUUUCUAACUCAUUACCAACAAACAUCUAUCAGUCCUGACGAGCUGAGAGGGAUCAUUGCGGGUAUGGCGGCGAUGGCGGCGCAGUCGAAUUCGGUCCCAAGUGAUAAACUAAUCGCGCAAAUUGCUCAGAAAGCUUUACGAGGUACGAUUGGUACAAUUGCAAACAGUGAAUGUGGGAUGUCGGAACUGAAAGCUCAGCAGCAUUUUACCGAAAUGUUUAAACAGCAGUUGAGCGCUUUAGCUGGCCGGCAGAAGGAUUCUCUUGGUUCAUCUUAUAGUACCUCUGUUGACUCUGUUGUAGAACCGGGUACAGGUGGUGACACCUCUUGUACGGCAUCCGUAACGUCGUCUCCCUCUCCUCCUACUGUUGCAUGUUGCGAAACGGCUGCUGCCCAUGCAUCUUUACUUCUCGCCUCAAACCGUUCUCCAGAAGUCAAUAAAGGUACGACAAAAACAUCCCAACAGAAGCGUCUUUUGAAGGGCUCUGGAGCUGAUGCUAGUGAAAUACCUUGUGCUCCUCCACCAGGAACGUCUUUAAAGUUUCCAGUACCACCUCCUCCUCCUGGUUCUUCAGCAAAUGCUUCACGUGCCAUAGUUUUAGAAAGCAUUGCAAUGCCUUCACCAAAGAUGCUGAAGCAGACGAUUACUGCUACUGCAGCACUCAUUCAUAGCAAGAUCACUCCUAUUACCAACAUGGAUGAAAUUGUCUCCGAGGACGGGAAGGGAAUAGCCUCAAGUCGGUCACGUCGUGCUCUUAGCGAAAGUGCAGUUCAUGAUGAACAUCAAGGCAGAAUUGUUGAAGCGACGGUAUGUGGUGAAGUAGAUACUGAUGAUGAGUCUGUUUGCGAUGAUCGUGGUCCAAUUAGGGAGCAGCCUACAGAUGUUUUUGACGUGAAUAUGCAGACCGAAUCGAACCAUGAUACUGCCUUAACACUUGCUGCAACGGGGGGCCAUGAUGCACUAGUUGAGUUAUUGAUCGCCAGAGGAGCUGAUAUAGAACACCGUGAUAAAAAGGGUUUCACACCGCUGAUACUGGCAGCAACGGGAGGUCAUAUGAAUGCUGUAGAGUUGUUAUUGAAUGCCGGAGCUCAAAUUGAGGCGCAGUCUGAACGAACAAAGGACACAGCGCUGUCUUUAGCUUGUUCGGGUGGUAGAAAAGAAGUAACUGUAGUUGAACUACUUUUGAAGAGAGGAGCUAACAAGGAACAUCGAAAUGUUAGCGACUAUACCCCGUUAUCUUUAGCUGCAUCAGGUGGUUAUGUUGACAUUCAAAGUAUCUUUUGUGUUUUUGCUUGCACACUUGAAUGUGUUUCACGUUUGCAUUUUCAGCUUGGAAUAUCUCCACUGAUGCUCGCAGCCAUGAAUGGGCAUUCCGCCGCUACAAGGUUACUGCUGGAAAGAGGGUCAGAUAUAAAUGCCCAUAUUGAGACAAAUAGAAAUACGGCGUUGACUCUCGCUUGCUUUCAAGGGAGGACAGAAGUUGUUAGACUUUUGUUAGAAUAUAAUGCGAACGUAGAACAUCGUGCGAAGACUGGUUUGACUCCUCUGAUGGAAGCUGCUAAUGGAGGUUAUGUUGAUGUUGCUGAGAAGCUUUUAAACCAUGGGGCAGAUCCGAAUGCAGCACCAGUUCCAGCCAGUCGAGAUACGGCUUUAACAAUUGCUGCUGAUAAAGGGCACCACAAAUUUGUCGAAUUGCUUUUACAUCGGGGUGCACAGAUAGAUGCUAAAAAUAAAAAGGGGUGCACAGCAUUGUGGCUUGCUUGUCACGGUGGACAUUUAGAAACAGUACAGAUUCUUGUGAAGCAUGAAGCAGAUCCAGAUGCUCAAGACAAUAGACGCGUUUCACCUUUAAUAAUUGCGUUCCGCAAGGGACACCUGAAGGUUGUAAGGUAUAUGGUACGUCAUGUUCAACAAUUUCCUGGUGACCAGGAGUGCUAUCGGUACAUUGCAACAUUGAGCGAAAAGGAACUUCUGACUAAGUGUCACCAGUGUAUGGAGGUUAUCGUUUCGGCAAAAGAACGGCAGGCUGCUCAGGCGAAUAAAAAUGCUGAGACAUUGUUGGAGAUAAUAGCAAAAGAGGAAGCACGUGCUAAAUCGAAAAAAUUAUCGAGACAACGUCAAAACGAGAAGAAAAAAGCAAAGCGGAAAGCAAAAAAGAGCAGGUUACAUGAUUCUGUUGAUGAAGACGUGGAAAAUGAAAAUGCAACCCCCGAAACGGAUGCAGAUAAUAAAGAGGUAUUGGAAGAGGCAGAAACUGUCAUCGUUCCUACAGCUGUACAUGCGGAGGUAAACAUGACUCCAAUAGUUAAAAAUAUUGGGUCGCAUAUGUUUUUUCAUCGGCAAGGUACAGCCCAUUCUAGUACAGCAAAAAUCUCCCGAGGUCAUGCUAAAAACGAGAAUGGAAUUGUGAAAAAUGGUUCUCUUCCUAAUGCAGCUUCUUCAAGAAGUUCUUUAAAGAAUAAUUCUUCAGAAACCGAAUGGAUGAAGGCGAAAUCUCGCCGAAAUGCUACUACAAGAGUGAGCGCUUCCUCUAAAGGAGCUAACAAAGAAGAGACAUCUGCACCUCGGCAUGAAACAGUUAGUAAUUGCUCUGCUCUAUUUAAUCGUAUUCUUCCCUUUCCAGCUGAUUUUUUAUUUUUUCUGUUAUUAUCGGUGAUACUUAUUCCCCUGGGCUUGUAACU